GGUUUCCUAUACCUGAUUUACGCUCUGUCCAUGACAUGGAGCGUGUUCCAUGGUGGCAACAAAAUCUUCACAAAGAGAUUUUAAUUAUGGUUAUGAAGGAUGUUACAUUUGCAACUACUGUAGACGGAGCUCUAUUUCAGACAAGAUAUGAAAUUCAGUGUCGCGAUUUCCAUGGUCUCUUUGCUUUAUCCGAAACCGAAAAACCUAUAUCAUUCGUAAGAGUUUCAGUUGAUCCUGAUGUAGAUGAAGUUUCACGUGAAAAUGGAUUUGACUGGCCUAGACUUGUGAUAACUAAAGUGACAAAACUGUCUACGGGAGACUUAGAAUCAGCCCUUGAUGACCAUGAAGAAGUAUGUGCAUAUAGCUUAAGUGAUGUGUUGAUAUCAAAUUUAGAUAAUGAACCUUCUCCAUUCUGUUCCACAUCAGUUGCUGAUGGCUCAAAGUUAUAUAGCAGGAAUAAAAAUUUGGAAGAAAACAAGAAAAAUUCUGACCAUGAUGAGAUUGUCAAACCUGCUAACAAAGAAACUAUAUUGAAUUUCCUGGAACAAAUUGUAAAUAAGAGUGAAUAUUUGCUGGAAUUUACACUUCCUACUAUUAAUAUGAUUUUACAUGAUAAAGAGUUCUUUGAAUUGCUAUCCAAUAGAUUGUGUAGUGAUCUGCUUUUAUGGGAAAAUGCUUCUCUUGCACCAGCUGCUACUUAUGAUCCAAACAGAUUCAAAGUUCAUGCACCAGGCUUAGAUCUCGAUGUACAUAUGACUAAAGAUUCUGCAUAUGACCAGUAUCCUGUCUUUAAACCUUUUUCAAAUGAUUCAAAUUCAGAUUCAGAUGAAGAAGAAGCUGCUUACUGUUCUGUUUUUGAAUACUGUCAACGUCAGCAGCAAAAGCACAAAAGAAAAACAAAUGAUGACAUGUUCACUAAAAUCUCAGUAUCCUUAGUUAUAACAAAAGGGAUGCUCACUGUAAAUACACCAGCACUGGAUGCAGACAAUAAAGUAAUGCCUGAAUAUUGCGGAAAGUUACAACUUCAUGUUGAAGAUGGACAAUUAUUCAUAGCAUCCUCAUAUAAAGGGGACCCGAAUGAAUCGUAUUUGUGUUUUUUAGCAGAAAAAAGUUCUUUGUAUCAUAAAGGUGCAGUUUUACAAGAUGUAGAUACACCAGUUGUACAGUCAUUCAGCAGCACCAUACAAAGCAAUUUGAAUCGUAUAAUUUAUGAAUCAGAGCCAGGAAUGUUGUUAAAAUCUAACUGUGAUAGUCAAAAUAUCAGGGAUAUGUUAAAAGUUGCUGUACAUACUGUGCGAAAUCCCAAACAGCAAAUAAAGACGUUCAAAGUUGCCAUGGACAUUUCAUCUGCGACACUUCGUCACCAUACUUAUCCUGUUCAACAGUUGUGGAUUAACCAAUUUAUUGAUUUCUUGAAAAUCAAUGAUUAUCCCAUCAAUGGAUAUGUUCCACCUGCUAUUGUAACUGAACUUCAUAUAAAUCUAAGCAAUUGUGCCAUUGAUUACAGGCCUUUGAAACUUCCACUUCGAACUGCUGUAACAGUUGAUAAUUUCAAUAUGUCUUGCAAUGUCACUGCCACUACGCCUUCAUUUUUAUUUAGAAUUAUAUCUGAGGAAAUGAGGUUGUUCAUUUCGAAUUAUGUAGCAGCUAAGAAAGUUGAACUGCGAAAGAAUUAUGUAUGUGUAAUUGAUACCGGUUUGAUUGACAUCUCCUUCAGAACAAAUGUAGAUGAAAAGAAUGAUCCUAAAUUAGAAAUGUGUGCUACUAAUGAUAAGGUUCAUAUUUGGACCUGUGCAGAUUCUUUUAAAGCACUUAUGGAGCUGAUGGUUUAUUUGAGUAAUAAUGGUGAUAUGGAUAUUUUUACACAUGAAGAAAAUGAGGUAAUACAAGACAUAAAAGAGCUUAGUAAAUCUAUAAAUACUGAAACUGAAACAAAAGAUGUGCAUCUCUUAAUGGCUGAAGCAAUGAAAGAAUGUUCUCAGGCUAAAAUUUCAGGUAGCAUAUUUCUCAAUAGACAAUAA